UGGAAAAUUUAUUUUUGAUACAAAUUUUAAUUCACAAUUUUUAGAUUUUAUACAACCACCAUCAAUUAAUAAUGAUAGAUUUCUAUCCAGAUUAACCGGUAUGAAUCUGAAUCAUAUAAUCGAAUCGGCAACAAAAAAAGUGAAUAAACGUUUCGAUGUGAUUGAGCCAAAUAUCUAUAAAAAUAAUGCAGCUCAAAAGCCAGGUUCGAUUGGCUGGCUAGUUGGAGCAUCGACAGCAUCGAAUACAAUUGUUAAGAAUUUAUCACGUGCAGCAUUAAUAGCGGAAGAAGCUACCAAUAUGAUUGUUGAAAAAUAUAAACUAAAUCUAGAUCAAAUUAUGUUCAGCCUAGCUGAUUUGAACAUUCAAUCAACAUCAUUAUGGCGUGAUUGUCCUGUUCAUAAAAAAACUAAUCCACUAGUCUGUUAUCCUGGCCAAUAUCGUUCCUACUCGGGUCAUUGUAAUAAUGUUGAAAAUCCUGAUUGGGGUUGUGCCAAUUUGCCAUAUAAAAGAGCACUGGUACCACGUUAUGGUGAUGGUGUUUCAAAAAUUCGCCGUUCAAUUACCGGUUCAGAAUUGCCAUCAGCUCGUGAUGUUUCAUUAGCUGUUCAUCAAGGACAUGAAAGUCCUUUUUCUCACAUUACAACGAUGACAUCGUUUCUAGGUCAAUUUAUAUUUCAUGAUCUUUCUAGUGUGGCCCAGUCUAUCGGUUUUAAUGGCCAACGUAUUCGUUGUUGUGGCCUAAUGAAAGCUGAGCUCAUACAUCCUGAAUGUCAUCCGAUUAAAAUAACAUCAAAUGAUCCAUUUAUGCAAAGAUUAAAUCAAAAAUGUAUGGAAUAUGUACGAUCAAGUCCAACGAUUAGAAAUCGUUGUAGUUUAGGUCCUCGAGAACAAAUCAAUCAAGUCACUUCAUUUCUCGAUGGAUCAACUAUUUACGGUUCGUCAAAGGAGAAAGUAUUAUCAUUGAGAUCGAUGAAAAAUGGACAACUCAAGAGCAUCAAAUUAUCGAAAAAAAGUAAAGGGUUGUUGCCUAUUCAAGAUGGAAAUCAUUCGCAUGAUUGCAAAAUGAGCGGCAAUAAUCAUAAAUGUUUCAAAUCAGGAGACGACAGAGUGAAUGAAAAUCUUGGCCUGACCAUCAUACAUACAUUGUUUAUGCGUGAACAUAAUCGCAUUGCACGUAAACUUUCUGCAUUGAAUCCACAUUGGAAUGAUAAUGAAAUAUUUGAAGAAGCGCGUAAAAUUGUUGGUGCACAAAUACAACAUAUAACAUAUAAUGAAUUUUUACCAAACGUAUUGGGUGAAGAAACUGUUGAUAAUUAUGGUUUACGACUAUUGAAUGAUGGCUACUAUCGUGAUUAUGAUAUGAAUUUUAAUCCAACCAUUGAAAAUGCUAUUGCAAAUGCUGUUUUUUAUUUCCUAUUCACAACAAUGCCAUCGGCAAUGGAACGUUAUUCAAAAGAAUUACAUAUGAUCGGUUUCACUAAGAUGACUGAAUCAUUUUUUAAUCCAAGUGAAAUGUAUACAAACAAAUUGGAUGAAUAUCUAAUGGGAAUGGUUAGCCAAAAUGCUAAAAGUUCGGAUCCAUUUGUUACCGAUGAAAUGACCAAUGGUUUGAUGAAUAAUAAUAAUGAUUCUAAAGAGGCAUUUGAUUUUGUUGCUUUUGCCAUACAAAGAGGUAGAGAUCAUGGACUUCCUGGAUAUGUUGAAUAUCGACGGGCUUGUCAAAUUGAACCAUUAAUUAAUCGUUUCGAGGAUUUAUCCACAACGAUGAGAAAUGAUGUUCUAAAACGUUUAUCUAAUCUUUACAAAAAUGUACGUGAUAUUGAUUUAUUAACUGGAGGCUUAGCUGAAAAGCCAGUACGUGGUGGUCUUGUUGGUCCAACAUUUGCCUGUUUAUUGGCCAGACAAUUCAAUGCAUUAAGACGUGGUGAUCGAUUCUGGUAUGAAAACGAUAUGCCACCAUCAUCAUUCAGUGUUGAACAAUUGACAGAAAUACGAAAAUCAUCAUUAGCACGUAUUGUUUGUGAUAAUGGUGAUCAAACUGAAUUUGUGCAGCCAUCACCAAUGAUUGCAUCGGAUAUUUAUCUAAAUGCUUUUCAAUAUUGUAGUACGGAAAUUAUACCACAAAUAAAUCUGGAUAAAUGGCGAACAAACAAAGCCAGAUUAAGUGCACCAUUAUCUAUUGAUGAUGAAUCAAUAAGAAAAGCAAUACAUCGUGCUAAAAGAGAAAUUGAUUCAUUGUAUGAAAGAGAAAAAACACUACUACCAUCUAACAAUAGUGGAUUAUCACAGGCACAAAAAAUGCAUUAUAAUCGUGGCAGGAGAAUCAAACGACAAACAUUCAAUAAUCAAUCAUUGAUUUUAGAAAGAGCAACACAUGGUAUAUUGAAACAAAUUCGAAACGGUAGAGAUCGUGAAGCAAGUAAUGAUGUAUUGGAUGAUAUACAAAAUCUAGUUACAUCAUUACCACAACAUGAACUUGGUGAAUAUCUAAAAAAUCAGAUACUCAUACAAAAUCAAAAUGUCAUUGAACAAUGUCAAGAUUAUUCGCUACCAUGUGAUCAUACAUCAAAAUAUCGUACAAUCAAUGGAUGGUGUAAUAAUUUACAUAAUCCAGAAUAUGGUACUAGUAUGCGUUUGUUUAAUCGUUUUUUAUUGCCCGUUUAUGAAGAUGGUAUUGGUGCGCCAAGAAAAUCGUCAGCAAAAAAGAAUAAAAAUCUACCAUCACCACGUUUAGUAUCGGUUGUGGUGCAUGGUGAUACCCAUUCACCACAUGUUCGUUAUUCAUUGAUGACAAUGCAAUGGGGACAGUUCCUCGAUCAUGAUUUAACAUUCACGCCAAUGUAUUUAACAUCGAAUGGACAAUUAUUGAAUUGUAAAUCAUGUAAUUCAAGAAAGACAGUACAUCCUGAAUGUUGGCCAAUUACCAUUCCGAAAAAUGAUCCAUUUUUCAAGAACAGUAAAAAUCAUUGUUUACAUUUUGUACGUUCAAUGAAUGCCCAAAAAACAUUGGGUCCACGUGAACAAAUGAAUGAUCUGACUUCUUUUAUUGAUGGUUCACAAAUUUAUGGAUCAAAUUAUUGUGAUGCACAUCGAUUACGAACAUUUAGACGUGGAAAACUUAAUACAACUAGACAUGCUAUUCGUAAUAUGAAAGAUUUAUUGCCACAAACUAUUGGUAAUAUUGAAUGUAAAGCACCAUCAGGAUUUUGUUUUGAUGCUGGUGAUCAUCGAGCCAGUGAACAGCCAAGUUUAGCUUGCAUACAUACGAUCAUUAUACGUGAACAUAAUCGAAUAGCCGAAAAACUUUCUCAACUUAAUAUUCAUUGGGAUGAUGAACGAGUCUAUCAAGAGACACGUAAAAUUAUUUCCGCUUUUUUACAGCAAAUUACCUAUAGAGAAUUUUUACCACGAUUACUUGGUAGAGAUUAUAUGACAAGAUUUGAUAUAAAUCCAUUAGAUAGUGGCUAUUAUAAUGGUUACGAUGAUGAUUGUGAUGCAACGAUUAAAAAUGAAUUUUCAGCUGCCGUUUUCCGUCUUGGUCAUACAUUGUUAAAACCAUCAUUUGAACGUCUUGAUGUCAACUAUCAGCCGAUUAAACAGCCAAUGAAAUUACGUGAAGGUUUUUUCAAUUCAGAUAUGCUCUAUGAACCAUUUGCAACCGAUGAACUAUUACGUGGUUUAGUCACAUCUAGUAUAGAAAAAUUUGACAAUUCAAUUACGGAAGAAAUAACAAAUCAUUUGUUUGAAGAUCUAAAAAAACCAUUCUCAGGAAUGGAUCUUAUAUCAUUGAAUUUACAACGUGCACGUGAUCAUGGUAUACCAUCGUAUAAUCAAUAUCGUCGACUAUGUAAUAUGACGGUAGCGAAAAAUUUUGAAGAUUUAAGCAAUGAAAUACCGAUGCCAGUGAUAAAAAAAUUAAAAUUAGUUUAUGAACAUGUAGAUGACAUUGAUCUAUUUACUGGUGGUAUAGCUGAAAAUUCAUUACACGGAGCAUUGGUAGGACCAACAAUCGGUUGUUUACUUGGGCUACAAUUUCGUUCAUUACGUAAAUGUGAUAGAUUUUGGUAUGAAAAUGCAAAUGUGUUCACACGUUUCACAUCGGAACAAUUGGCCGAAAUACGUAAAGUAACAUUAUCGAAAAUUAUCUGUACAAAUAGUGAUCAGAUUUUGCAUAUACAAAAACAAUCUAUGGAUCUACAUGAUUUAUUUUUAAAUCCACGUUUACCUUGCACAUCGUUACCGGAGAUGGAUUUGAAUAAAUGGAGAACCAAUGAUAAACAUUGUAUGAUAGGUGGCCAGAUGAUAUUGCUUGGCCGAUAUGGUCGUCUAAGUCCAUGCGUGAAUUGUCUUUGUAGUGUUGAAGGGUCGAUUUGUCAAUCGAUACGUGUGGAAAAUUGCCAAGAUUUAACAACGAGCUUUACAGUGCAACAAAUUUUAGCUGAUCAAUCAUGUGUAGUACAAUGUGCAUAUUCGAUUCGUAAUAAUCAACAACAACAAUUACAAACAUCAACACGAACGUUUAUGUCAAUGUUACAUUUGAAUUUUUAGUUCAUCGGUUUUUUUAUUAUUGUUUUAUUUAGUGAUCAAUCAUUUAUUUUUUUCCUUUG